CAGUGCUGGGGGGGCUCCUUGGGGGCUCCCCAACACUGGGAGGUGAUGUUGGGGCAGAGCUGGGGCUCUGGGGGUCUCCAUAGGGGCUCUCUCAUUUUGGGGGAUGUUGACACAAUUCUGGGGCUGCUGGGGGCAGAGUUGGGGUCCCGGGGGUCUCCAUGGGGACUCCCAUACUUUAGGGAAUGCUGCUGGGGGCGAUGGGGCAGAGUGAAGGUGCUGGGGGGCUCUGGGGGGGGGCUCUCCAACCCUGCGGGAUGAUUUUGGGACAGAGUUUGGGUACCAGGGUCUCCAUGGGGUCUCCCCUACUUUAGGAGAUGAUGCUGGGGCUGCCGAGGGCGGAGUUGGGGUGGGGUGUCCCUGUCCCUCCUCCUCCCCCCCCUUGAUGCCCUACACUUUCAUGAUUCCCCUUCUCCCCCCCAGUCGCAGCUCUGACCGCAGCCCUGGAGGAUGCAGAGAAGCUGCAGCCCAACUCCAACAUGGCCUCCCGCUCCUUCCUGCUGUACAACAGAGCUCACAACAUGUGCGUGGAAGCCCGCGGCCAGCAGCUGACCGCCUCCCCGUGCCUCCCCGAAGCGGCGGCCCAACGCUUCCAGUGGCUGCCGGGGAUGCGGCUUUGGAACGCGGAGAGGCGGCGGUGCGUAACGGCGGCGGCGGAGCUGAAUUUAUCCGUCGUGAUGCUGCAGCCCUGCAGGGAGGACGGGAGGUUGCAGCGGUGGGAAUGCGGAGGAGGAGGGCUGCUGGCUCUGGCCGGGCAGCGGCUGUAUUUCAAUUACGGGAACAACGUGAAGCAGACGGUGAUGCUCUACGUGGGGGAUCGCGAGUGGAGCCGCUGGGUCGUGCACGGCAGCAACGAGGAGCUCUGCACGCGCUCCUGUCGGUCCCGUCGUGGGGUUUGCGUGGGGUUUGGGGGUUUGCUUCAGCCUCAAUUGGCACAAACUCAGCCUGGCCCCAAACUCAGCCUGACCCCAAACUCAGCCUGACCCCAAACGCAGCCUGACCCCAAACGCAGCCUGACCCCAAACUGCCCCAAACUCAGCCCAACCCCAAUCUGCCCCAAACGCAGCCUGACCCCAAACUCAGCCCAACCCCAAUCUGCCCCAAACUCAGCCUGGCCCCAAACUCAGCCCAAACUGCUCCAAACUCAGCCUGACCCCAAAC